AUCUACCACUACUGACCACAUAGAUUUUGAUUCUCUUCUGUUACAUAAAUGCACACGUGUGACUGUGAGAGACACCUUAUCUUCAAAAAGGCAACUGUGACGGCCUCUGCAGGAGCACUUAUGAUGCGUCCAGAGUCAAUGUCGUUGAAGAAGCUAGGAGCCGAGUGGGCAGUGAUAUCCUCACCCCCCCAGCUGCUGCCGUUUUCUCUCAAGGCAAACACCUUUUCCGGCGGAGUUUGCUUACGGAAUGUUAAGGGUGUGCAGAGAUUGAGGAGGCGAGGAGGAGUUUUGUGCGGCGCGAGGAGGAGAGCAGUGAGAUAUGGUGGUGAAGAGGACGGUGAGGAAGAAUAUGGGCACAACGAGGAAAUUGCGAUGCUGGAAUUCUAUAGCCAGUCUGCCAAGGGAGAAGCGCUUAUUGUGCAUGCCGUGGUGGACGACGAGGAAGUACAAGUGCUUAUCUUCAAGGGAUUUUCUUCAAGCUUGAGCUACAGAACUUCACCGGAUCCAUCAAGAAGCAUUCUUCCUGCUAGGGCAGUGAUUAAGUCCAUAGACAGAAUUAAAGGACCUUUCGACCCUUCUAAUACCGAGUACAUUCAGAAAGGUCUAACGUGGGAAGCAUUUAAGACCAGCGUCCUAGCCAAUUAAGAAAUGCUAGCCAAGUUUUGUUGUUGGUUUAUGUUGUGAGUUUCACAUGUACUCGCAAGCGCACAAGUCGUUUGCAAUAUAGUGUGUGUAAGUGUGAGGUCGAAUCCACAUGAAAUUGUGUUCGUGCAAAUAAACUUCUAUCUAAACUAAUCAUAUUUUAACCCAGUUCCGAAAUUUUGA